AUGACUGCAAUGAUAACAAAACUGACCUGGUUUAGAAGCCAUUCUAUUCUUCAUGGCAAAGAGUUUCAUCAUCCUAGAUUCCUUAUAACCAAAGCUUUAGAGGAUUACUAUUUGUUCCAGAUGGCUCAAGAGAGGAAGUCAUCACCAAGUGUUACUGUUGUUCAGAAAUCUGCUUGGAUUAAGCCACCUGCUGACUGGUUUAAAAUGAAUUGGGAUGCAUCAUGUGCUCAAUCCAGAGGAAGGGUAGGCAUUGAAGUGAUUAUAAGAUAUACCAGUGGUCAAGUAAUUGGAUGUUGUCGUGACUCAAAGCCCUUAGUUGUUAAUUCUUUCAUGGCUGAAGUUGUUGCACUGCAAGUGGCUAUGAAUUUUUGUAAGGAUAUGGGGAUUAAAAUGGUGAAGCUAGAAGGUGAUUCUUUGCAAGUGGUUCAAUAUUUACAGAAAGAUAGCCAUGAUAUGAGCCCAGUUGGCUUGCUCUUGGAAGACAAAAAAUUGCUGCUCAAGUCAUUUGCUCAAUGGUCUAUUCAUCACACAAAUAGGCUAGCAAAUGAAGGUGCACACUACCUUGCUCAAGAUGCUAUUUAA